AUGGCUUCUCAAGCAGUUAAAUCGCUGUUACUGCUAGGAGUUGUUGUCAUAGUUACAGUACAGGUGUCUGCCAAACUGUUCUAUGUAAAGGGUCCUCAAGACAGCAUCCAGGACUGCGUGGACAGCCUGACAGAGCCUGGAGACGAGUGCGUCAUUCAGCCAGGCGUGUACCAUGAACACGUGACCAUCAAAAACAAGCAUGGCAGAGAGGGCAGUCCCAUCGUUAUCCGCGGUCAUUCACAAGAAGAAACCAAACUAGACGGUACUGUUCCAGUAAAACCAAAAGAUGGAAAAUGGGUUAAAAUGUCCAACGGCGCCUACAAAGCCGUGAUUGACCAAGACAUUUGGCAGCUGUUUAUUGAUGGGGAAAUGAUGACAAACGCCCGCUGGCCAAAUUCCUUAUGGUCUGACAAAACCAUAUUCGACAAUAAGUACUGGGCCCAUUCGUCUACAAAAUCGACUCGCGGGCUUAUGAUUGACGGUGGACAGCACAAGCUGGCCGAGAGUGGCUUGGAUGCGACUGGUGCAAUGGCCGUGUUGAAUGUUGGGAGUUUCUGCACUUUCACUAAAAAAGUAUUAAGGCACAAGAAAGGUAUGGGACUCGGAUAAUUGAUAGUCAUACCACAAAGAAAAAUUAUUUUUACUUUGCAGAAGCAGCAGCCUUUUACUGGCGAAAUUAAGUAGAAGAAUGUGUACGAGAGACAAGUUAAGAUGAUUCAACACAAACAUUAUAUGAAUCUCACAUUCAUACACUUUUGAAAAAAUUGAGCCGCCGUUAUUGAAUUUUACCCGAAUCCAAUCCACAAUGAAUCUUCUUUAAUUUUACCUGUUUACGCCCCCUUUUAGCUUUUCUUUUCGAAUUUUGUUUUCGUCUACACCAGUUGUUUGAGUUUUAAGUAUAUUCUCUGAUCAUAAUAAGAGCUUUAGUUGCCAGUUUGAAAUUAAGCUUGAGAGUGACUCAAGAACAAUCAGUAUCGACCGAUCGUUAGCCGGAUCGUGUGAGCAUGGCCGUGAAAAUCUUAAUUCUAACUUAUUGCCGUCGUUGUUCUUUCAGAAACACCUGACAGGUUUACUUAUGAAGAUGAUUUCGGUUCUUCGUUGAAUUUUAAGCCUAAAAACAACCAAUAUUUCUUGGAAGAUAAACUCGAGUUUCUGGAUAAUCCAGGAGAGUGGUUCUACGACAAAUCAAGCAAAACGUUAUACGUCAUGACUCUAAGUGGAAGCUCGCCUGAAGGAAGUGACGUCAGAGGAAAGGUAUAUGGUUGUCAUAACAACACAUUGUGCAUAUAUUCACUCUCAAAUGCAUCCAUCGCCAGGGUCAACUCGAAAAUUUAGUUCUCAUAUUUUCUGAUAAAAAAAAAGUACGACCAGUUUUGCUAUUUAAGACUAUAUUUAGGCAUUUUAGGCAUUUCAUGAAACUGUUUUAAAAAACUGAAGAGAAAGAGGUCCAAAGCGUGGCACAUAAGUAACUCUCCACUUUACAUAUCGGCGUGGCUUCGCUCCGUUACAGAAAUCGCGCCAAAAUCACCGUUCGUGUGAGUGACCAGAAGCCCUAUCUGAUAUGGUUUUGGUGCAGGCGCAAAAGCUCUUAGGUGUGGUUACUGAUCUUUUUUAAUCUCACUCCACUCAGGUACAAACCCUCGCCUUUACAAUCACCGACAGCACUUAUUUACUCAUUAAAGAUCUGACGUUCUUCGCGACCACAUUGGAUGCCAGGUCAAACAUCCACAAACUAGAAUUAAACUCGCUUCACUUCAAGUUCCCGACAUACAGUAGGCGCAUGCUCCAUGAGACCGACCCUCCUAAGUGGACCAAGGUGUUUGCUGUGCAGGGUAGUGUCAGGAUCUAUAACAACACCUUUUACGGAACAGACGGAAUCGCUCUUGAGUAUGGAGGUGUAAAUGAUACUGUGGAGAACAAUGUGUUUGAGUACAAUGACUGGAGUGGUGCAAACAUGGUCAAAGCACAAGGAGGUAUGAGAAUAAGAAACGGGAGUCAGAGGCAUUUUCAACCCUGUCGCUAGCAACGGCGCAGGGAAUCCGUAGAGUAUUUUGUCGCCCCCAAGGGUACUUUCCAUAGUGGCCUGUUCAGGUAUAUGAAAGGGCAGGAAUUUCCCCAGUUGCAGUGUAUGAAAGGGAAGGAAAGUUUUUGAAAAAAUCGAGAAAAUUUUACAGGGUUUGUGAUUUAUCACUCAGAUCAAGAGAGAAUGAGAUAGCUCACUCUUGUCCAUAUUUUGUAAGAUAGUACAUUUACAGUAGUCAUUUUAAUAACUGGUGUAAAAAAUUCUAAACUAGGUAUGUGAAAAGGGUACCCAUUCGUCAAUGGAAAGUAUACGAAAAUUAUGGGUACCUUUUUUGUCAAAUAUGGUAUAUAAAAGGGUAAGGGGUUGGACCUCGGGGCGGAGUCUCCCCGUGUAAAACUUUGUAGAGUACACUCCCCAGGUUUAUCCCAUGAAAUAUGAUAACAUUUCGUAAACUUUGGGGCCCAACGUAUUUACGAUGGUGAGAGAAACAAGAUCCCCGUAAGAUUCGUUGUUCAUAUUUCUUUUCAUUCUCUGUCAACGUGGUUCCCAAGGCUCCCUUGAAAAGAGCAAAAUUCUCUCAAAGUAGCCUGGGUGCAGACUCCACUCCCCUCAGAAAAAUGAGGGGAGUGGGGGUCUGUACAAAGGCUACCCUAAAGCAACAACUCUCGAUUGCCAAGUUUAAGAAUUUUACAUUACUUUAUUAUUUGUAGGGGCUGGAACGGUGGUGUCUCAAAGCCGUGGCGACAAAUUCAUUAGAAAUACCCUGCGGAACAAUGGAGCUAGCGUGGGAUUCCGUACCGGCUACGCGUCCAAAGCGAAGCUAAACGACAUCAGCCGAACAUGCUGGGGGAUGCUGCAACACGACGGUGCAGGGAUACAGUCUCAAAUAAAGCGCCAAACUAACCUUGUUAUGGAACAAAACUGGGUUUAUGACAGCCCCAAAUAUGGACUUCGCUUUGACGGAGGUCCGCCUAAGAUCGGAAGACACGGUACUAUGAGAAGAAACGUGAUCCGGAAGACCAAUGGGAUGAUGGUGAAAGGUGACGAACAUAAGGUCGAUCAUAACUUGAUUUUCCACAAGUUUACCAAGUCUGGUGAUCACGAUGGACAGGGAAGUAAAUGUAACUUGUGUGUUCUCAGGUUAGUCGUUCGCCACUUUAGGAAAUAGAAGGAGACUGGUGCCGAAAUAUUCCUGGGAUCGUUACUGACGUGUCGGUCAGCGAUUGGCCAAUUUGUUUCAUUUAUCCCUGUAAACAGUCCCAGAAGUCUUUGCGAAAAUUAACUCGGUUUCCUUCUUGUUUAUUAUUAAGUGAAAUGUAGCUGAGUUCAGCGUAAUUUAUUUAACCCUCUAAUCCUUAAUAUCCACAAACAAAUCCUCCAAACUAAUCUACAUACAUUUCCUUAAUGAAUUAGUUGAGGUAAUUUGAUUAAACAUCAAAGCACUUUUCCCCUUGGUAAUAAGUUUUUUAAACUCUCACAACCUUGGAACUGGAGGUAGAAUUCAAAUUGUUUUUUACCUCGAUCGUUGCAAUCUCCCUUUCUCUUCUAUCCCUCCCUGCUAUUCCAGACGUUUAGAUACUAAUUAAAGGGUUGCGCGAAAUGAGGAGUGGAGAAAAAAGGAGGAAAAAAAGAAAGAAAAAGAAGAAGAGUGGAAGCAACGGAGUUCCUUCUCCGUCUCUACCUGCACCCGCCCCCUUUCCAUCCACCCUUCGCUGUUUUUUCGUACUCAAUUUUUUCUGCGCCGUCAGUGCGAUCUGAAAGACUGAGCAGACUAUUUAAAAGCCACCCCACCCGCCCCCCGGUGGUUGUUCGCCUGGGCCAUCUUGUUCAGAAUAAAAGGUGUUUUAGCUUAAGACCAUAUUCUCCCCCAGAUACGUGAGGCAAAACCCUAUCGCAAUCAAUCACAACACGGUGGUGGAGUACAACGCAGCAGAUAUCGCCAACGGCGGGCUACAUAACAAGAAGCUUUAUCCCAUGAGUGGUAAACUCCUAGGAAACGUCAUAGGAGAUGUGCGAAAACAGCUAAUGGACCCAGAUAACAUGGACUUCAGACCAAAACAGGGUUCAUCGUACAUUCAAGACGACGUAGGACCUUAUAAUUACGAAGAGUCCAAAACCAAAUACUGGAUACCAGGCAGAAUUCAGUACAAGGUAACAUGGGGCUGUGUUUGUCUAAAAUCAUGUGGAUUUAUUUAUUAUUAUGCUGUCAGUACACGGUAAUCCUAAAAGCUGCUGAGCAGUUGUUUUCUGUGGUACCGAUUAUUUUGUACAAGGUCUUUAUUUAACAAAUUGACAACAGUUUUCCAUGGUCUGUAUUACUCGUUCAUAGAAAUUAGGAUCAUUAUACGACCUUUUACGUUUCUGGGACACUACCCACCUACCCCUCCCCUAAGCCAACAUUAACACUUACUUCUCCCUUAGGGCGAAAUGUUGGCUUAGGGGAGGGGUAGGUGGGCAGUUUCCCAGAAAGGUAUAAUGAUCCGAAAAUUGUUGUUGAUUUGUUUUUUUACCAUAACAUUGACAAUUUUCGACGACUAUUUUCGUAGCCUUGGUACAACCGCCCCCUCCCCUCAUAAAAUAAAUCGGACUAAGGGGAGGCUAUACGGAAGCUACCAUUUUCCGUUGAAGUUUCGUGGUAAAAUUGUGCGUGCAAGAAAAAGGAAAGAGACUCGCGCCACCACCCGUCAUUUUCAUGGUCUAUGCGCAUGCUCUGAUCGAUCAUUGCUCUCGACCAAUCAGCGCAAGAGUGAGAAAAAUCCUUUGUCAAUUUUUCACUUUUGCGAUGCUAAUUUAAAUUUUCCGUUCUGGCAAUUCAAGGCGAGCAAUCCUGUUCCACCGGACGGCUCCACUGAAGUGAAAGCAGCCAGUAGAAAUGUACUGAUGUGGCUCAACAGCUUUGGGGGUAGAGCCUAUGUACUCUACCUGGGUACCUCUCCAAAUGCCCUGAAACAACAGGGUGUGGCCAGAGGUGAGCAGAACGUGGUGAAGCUGAGGAAACCGUUAGAAAGCGGCCAGGAGUAUUUCUGGAGAGUUGAUACCAGGAUUAACAACAAGGUUACCUAUAAAGGGGAUGUGUGGUCGUUUAAGACCAUCUAGAAUUGUGUUGUUAGAUUGAGAGAGGUUUGUUGGUGUUGGGUGAAAAUGCUACCUUUCAAAUGAAGAUGCUGUAAAAAAAAAUAAAAGGAAAAAUAUGCC